AUCACCACGAGCCAAAAACGGUUGCCCAAGAAAGUAACGACCGAACAAGCAUGGCGGCCAUCCCCGCGCGCGCCGGCGCCACCGCCACCGCCAGCGGCAGCCUCCCGAGGUCCACAGGUCGCCGGCGCCGCAAUGCAGUCGUCGUCGCCGCGGCGACCGGGACCGGGCCGGCGGUGCCGCAGGAAGGGGCGCUGGAGCGUCCGGCGUGGUCCGGCGAGACCCCGCUGUCGCGGCUCGUCGGCGCGCUCAUCGCCUUCAAGCCGCUCUACUCGCUCAUGAAGCUCGCCUCGCGCGAGGUCAUCAUCAGGACGGCGGAGAAGUCGAACAUACCGUGGAGGGAGAUGACGAAAAAGGUGCUGGAGUCCGACGUGUACGAGGUGUUCGAGAGGAUACGAGAUCCAAACUUAGUCUACCCUAACUAUUAUUUGAGCCCGUUUCACGCUUAUGAUGAAGGGAAUCUGUCAUGGCUGGCUGCAGCAGAGGCUGAACCUGCGACAAUGUCCAUUGCAAAGAGGGCCAUACCGGAGGCGACAUCGAUCGAAGAAGCAAACCAAAUUGUUCGAGGGAACUGGCUGAACGCAAUCGAGGAGCAUCACCUCAAGUACUCCGGGAACUGUCAGAUAAAUGAUAUAUUGGACAUUGGCUGCUCUGUUGGAGUAAGCACUAGAUACCUGGCUGAGAAGUUCCCUUCAGCUCAAGCUGUUGGACUCGACCUAUCACCAUACUUUCUUGCGGUGGCGGCACAAAGGGAAGAAAAAUUGUCACGACAAAACCCUAUUCGUUGGGUUCAUGCGAAUGGUGAAGCGACGGGAUUGCCCUCGGAUUCAUUCGACCUUGUCUCCCUUGCUUAUGUGUGCCAUGAGUGUCCAGCACGAGCAAUAACUGGAUUGGUGAAGGAAGCAUUCCGGGUCCUUCGCCCGGGAGGAACAAUCGCCUUGACCGACAAUUCGCCAAAAUCUAAAGUACUUCAGGAACUAUCCCCAGUGUUGUUCACUCUGAUGAAGAGCACCGAGCCGUUUCUGGACGAGUACUACAUGCUGGAUCUGGAGGAGACAAUGAGACAAGUUGGCUUUAUCAAUGUUUGUUCCAUCCUGACCGACGCCAGGCAUAGAACAGUCACUGCAACAGUGCCUUACUGAUUGGAUCGUACCAUUAAGUACCAAACUACAACACUUCACCAAGCAAAAUUUUGUAUGCUCAACUGGGAUGGUUGUACUUGUAAAGAGUUGAAUAAUGUGCAUUUACAAUUUGAGUAAUGUUCAUUUACAAUUUGAGUAAUGUGCUGUGUACGCAGUGAACAACAAAUCAAAGUACAUCCACAGAUGGAUUUCUA